AAUUUGGAUUAAUUUCGUAGACUCCGACUUCAACAAUUCAAGGACGAAGAUCUGUUGUGAAUUCUUUAAAUUUAAACCCACCUGUACCUGAUCCGAUGAUUGUUCAUCCAGGGGUGGUAACAGCUAUGUUACAACUCUUACCUUGUAUACAAGAUAAUAAUCUAGAAAAACAACUAAGCCUUCAAUUUUACAUCUCCGAAGUGAUAAAAUCAUUAGUUCGUAGUGAACGUAAUCAACAAGUAAUGUGCGAUAGCAAAUUUGUUGGACAACUUUUACUAAUUGGAUCGAAACCCCUUCAAACGGAAACACACCUUUUACAUUCACCCCUACAAUACAUGUUGGAACGUUUAGCAGCUCAAGCUUUAGAACCGACUGAUUUAAGAAAUUUCCUCCGACUUGGAAAUCCUUUAUGUUGCGUUCCUUUACAAUCGAAAGAUCCAGGUGGUGGACCUGUACCAUUAACCCGAAUCAAAACUUUAGUUUCAAUGACAACCCCAAAAGAUUUUCGGGCACAAGCGUCAUGUACUUUGCCUCCCUUUGUUGAAUUCGAUAUGUCAGCGGAAGGUUUUGGGUGUUUGUACCUUCCAAGUAUCGCCCCACAAAGCUUGGGAGCCCCCAGUGUGGUUUCAACAGUUGAUAGUAAUAUUUUGGGAGGAAUUGGAGCUGGAGAUAGACUUUUCCCCCCACAAACUGGAUUGAGCUUUUCCACGUGGAUUUGUGUGGAUAAAUUUUCCGAUCCAAGAACAGAUCCUCAUUGUGUUCGGUUAUUAACGUUGGUGAGAAAUUUUAAUUUAUCAAAGGACCAACAUUUGGUGUGUUUAUCGAUUGUUUUAUCUGCAAGAGACAAAGCUAUUAUUGUGUCAACUCAAGAAACUCAUAUUCCAGAUCAUGUUGGUGAAUGGGAACCGGAAGGUUCUGGGGAGCAUGGAGCUAGAGUUUGGUGUCCUGAUAUCCUUCAGGAAGGUCAAUGGCACCAUUUAGUGAUUGUUUUAAAUCGAGCAGUAUUAAAAAAUUCAUCGUUUUCACUUUAUCUUGAUGGCCAACAUAUGCAUACUCAAAAGUUACAUUAUAUCUCACAAAAUCCAGGGGGGAUAUCUACAAAUAUGACUUCAGCCUCAUCUGUUUAUGGGUUUAUUGGAACUCCGCCGGCUUGGAGAAGAUAUUCAAAACUUUGUUGGAAACAAGGACCUUGUCAUUUAAUUGAAGAAGUGUUACAACCGGUUACUGUGGGUUACAUUUAUCAAUUAGGUCCUCAAUAUAUGGGAUCUCUUCAAGCACCGAAUGUAAGUGUAGAAGUGAAUCAAUUGGUUGCUGAAGAAAAAGUUGUCUUUGGUUUAAACGUAAAGGCGAUGUCUCAAUUAACAUUGAGUAAAAUACGUAAAGUUUACAGUAGAACAGAUAAUAAAUCGAUCGCUAAACAAUUGGGAAUGUCAAGUCAUGAGAAUGCAACUCCGAUUCGGAUUUUACACAAUUCAGCUGGACAUCUUUCAGGACCUUCGCGAUCUUUGGGUGGUGUUGUUAUCGGUUAUCUUGGUGUGAGGGUGUUUUGUCCAAGACCGGUUGCUUUAGUGAUUGAUACAGUUGGUGGUUGCGCAGUUCUCCUUGGACUAAUAGCAAUGGCCCAAGACGUCGAAAGUUUAUAUGCAGGUGUAAAAGCUUUAGUUUGCGUCGUAAGAAGUAACAAAGCAGCUCAAGUUGAAAUGGAUCGCAAAAGAGGUUACCAAACCCUUGCGAUGCUCCUCCGCAAAAAACGAACUCUCCUCAACUCGCAUAUCUUACAUUUGGCGUUCAGUUUAGUAGGAACAGUCGAUAGCGGAAGGGAAACAUCCGCAAUACCAAAUUUAACCGCAUUUCAAGACUUAUUAUGUGAUUUAGAUGUUUGGCACGAAGCGCCUGGAGAAUUACUUCGAUCCCAUUUAGAACAUUUGUAUGAAUUAGCCGCCGAAUCAAACGAAAAAAGAAAUAAUACUUGGAUAAUGAGAGAUUUGCAAUUAGUCACGAAAUUAUUACAUAUAACACCGGAAAUUAAACACGGAGCGACUCGACAAGUUUUAUUUUCGUUGUUAUCUAUUUUAUUGGGGGGGCAACCAAGACAGUCGGAUUUAUUAUGGUUUGGCCAAUUUAUUGCGGCGAAAUUACCACCGACUACGAUUCCGAGUGAAAAAAAUAUUGUAUUGCGCGAAGGCGAUUUAGAAAAAGAAGCUGAAGGGGAGCACAUAUUAUUAAGAAAUCGCUGUUUAUCAUUAAUGCACAAUUUGCUUUUUACAAAUCGAAACGUCGUAAAUGUAAUGAUUUGUGAUGAAAUCGCGAGAACUUUAGGUUUUGAUUGGGUUUUAUUGUUUCUUCAACCGCAUUUACAUUCAACUACUGUUGUUAUUGGAAUGAGAAUUUUAAUUGUUAUGUGUUCAAAUUCAACGUUAAUGACACGUUUCCGUGAAGGCUCUUGUAAUGGAGGUUGGUUAAGACACACCGAACAAGUGACCCACAAUAAAAUGGCCGUAGUUUUGGGUUGUCCUGUAAAUCCAACGACUGGAGCUGACUUUAAACUCGAUGGUUGGCAUAUACCGGGUUUUCAACAUCUUUCUUGGCUGUUACCCUCGCAUUUAGAAGUUUCUGAGUUAUACUUUUUAUUGACAGCUUUAAUGACUGGGCAACCAGUUAAAUUAUUACCGGCUGAGACAAAAUUCGAUUUGGACACAGUUUGGGCAUUUCUAUGGGGCGCUUCCGUAAAUAGCCAACCGGUUAGUAGCGUAACACCAAGGAUUAAUUUUUGCUCGGAAGCGGUGGUGGUUUUAUUAGCUAUGGCGAGAUCGAUGAUUCAUUGCGAUCAAAACUUAUUACCGGAUUGGUUGAGGAAUCAUGCAAUCUCCAUAAUACAAGUUUUAUUCCAAUUAUACCAUAAUUUACCCGAAUUUAUGCCAAUUUUCAUGUCGGGGGAGGUCCUGGGUGCUUUAGCAAGUGCUUUAUUCCCACCAACAUCGAAUUUAAACGACAGCGGCGAUAGUAGUGGAGCUUCAACUCCAGCUGAAGAAUCCGAAAAUAUAAUAGUGGUUCCACGAUCACCUUUAGAAGAUAAUCCUUUAACAACCCACCCAGCGAGGCAAUUCAUAAUCGAUUUUAUCCGCGUCAUCGUAGUCGACUCAUUAAGCUUAUCAGUAACUGCAAAAUCAUCUCCUGUAAUCGACUUAGUUCUUGAUGCUUACCCAGAAAAUUCAACAACCCAUCAACAAACUUGUUAUCAAACUGAAAUUUUAUGCACUUUAAUGGAUCACCUUUUAGCCGCCGAUAUGUUGGUUGGCGAUCAAGCUGCGAUUCCGAUUGUUCCAUUAGCAAACGCGCAUGUUCAACAUGUUGCGCCUAAUGUGUUUUAUUUAACAGCAAGGAUAGUAGAUAAAUUAUGGCAAGGUUCAUUAUCGAAAGAUCCUCACGACGUUUUUGAUUUUAUCAUUAAAUUAAUCGGUCAAGCAAAAAGAAGAAGCGGAAAUUUUUCAUUAGAAUGUUUAUACCAUUGCUUAAAUCGCAGCAUUUUAUUUUUAUUAUCAAGACCAACCGAUUCAAUCGCCGAUCAAAUGAGCGUUUUAGAAGCUCUACAUAAAUUAACCACAAAUCGUUUGAUUGUUUUUGGCGCAGGAAAUCACGAAUUAGAUUUCAUCGGAUGUUUAACUUAUUGCCUCCUCCAAUUAAAAGCCGAUAUGAAGAUAAUGUUGGACUCAAACAUGCGUACAAUGUGGCAUGUUAACCCGGCGAGCGAUUUAGAAUCCCGCGAUGAGCAAUUAAACCAACACCAAGGUCGAAAUUUAAUGGCUGGAGCCGCUUUAAGAGUUUGGGAAGAGUUAUAUGUAUGUAAAAAACCUGCAAUUGAAGAAGUUUUUAAGGUUACCUUAGUCCCCCCGAUGAUGAACGCAAAAGCACCCGAUUUAAUCGCCGUUCGCGAACAAGUCUAUGAAAACGCCGCGAAACUUUGGGCUACUUACAUUGAUAACGAAAAAAAAGCAACUUACCGAGUCCCUUGGGAACUACACAAUCAAAUUCAAUCCAAAAUUCAUAAAGUUACAGGCGGAUUAACGCGAUUAGCAAGUCGGACGAAAUCGAGAAAAGAUGAAACAUUAAAAGUUCGUGUUAGAAUGAAUAAGCGCCAAGCUUUUCAAUGGAUUUUAACCCACAUCGCCAACGUUCGUGAAUUAGUUGAAAUGAAACGAAAUCAACACAUUAAUAUGGCAACUCAUACUCAACGUUACGUUCAUCAAGAAUGGUUACAAACGAAAAUUGAGUUAACCCGUGAACGGGGUCUUUGGGGACCAACAAAACCAUGCCAUUUAGAUAAAUGGAUGUUGGAUAUGACUGAAGGCCCACAUCGGAUGCGGAAAAAAACGAUGAAGAAUGAAUUAUUUUAUUUGCAUUACCCAUAUCGACCGGAGAUUGAAAAAGGAAUUUUGAAAUAUAAAGUCGCUAUAAGUCAUCAUAGUAAAGAGUAUUACCAAGCGAUGCAAUUGAGACGUUGUAAUAAUGGCGAAAUAGAAUUAGAUCGUAUUGAUAGUAUCUCAGAAGAAAGUAGCCCAAUGCCUUUAGUACCUUUACCAGCUUUAUCAAGAUUAAAAUCAGAUCCUGAUGAUCAACAAGAUGAAAAUGAAUCGGAAGAAGAACCCCAACCACCCCCAGAUAAUCAAACGUUAUUAAGAUUAUUAGAAGAAAACGAAAAAAUCACUUACAUGUUUCGUUGUGCUCGAAUUCAAGGUUUAGACACAACGGAGGGGUUAUUACUUUUUGGACAAGAACAUUGUUAUGUAGUCGAUGGAUUCACUUUAUUAAAAAAUCGAGAAAUUCGCGAUAUCGACGCAGUUCCUACUCAAGGUUACGAACCAAUUUUACCAAACCCUGGUUCUCCGAGGCGAUCCCGUACAAUGAGACAAUGUUCGAAAUUUUCAUACGAAGAAAUCAGGGAAGUACAUAAAAGAAGAUAUCUUCUCCAACCGAUGGCUUUGGAAGUUUUCUCUGGGGAUGGUCGAAAUUAUUUAUUAGCGUUCCCGAGAAAAGUCCGAAAUAAAGUAUAUCAAAGAUUUAUGGCGACAGCGACUGGUAUAGCAGACAGCGCUCAACAAUCAGUUGCGGGACAAAAACGAACCGCUAAUGUUGAACAAGCAACUAGUUUAUUGAGUAAUUUAAUCGGGGAAACUUCCGUAACACAACGUUGGGUUCGAGGAGAAAUCUCAAAUUUUCAAUAUUUGAUGUAUUUAAACACAUUGGCCGGAAGAUCUUAUAACGAUUUAAUGCAAUACCCCGUUUUUCCAUGGAUUUUAGCCGACUACGAUAGCGAAGAAUUAGAUUUUAAUGACCCCUUAACAUUUCGCGACUUUACAAAACCAAUGGGAGCUCAAAGCUCAGAGCGUUUAGAUCAAUUUAAAAAGCGUUUCAAAGAAUGGGAUGAUCCUCACGGGGAAACACCACCGUAUCAUUACGGAACUCAUUAUUCAAGCGCCAUGAUUGUUUGUUCUUAUUUAGUCCGUUUAGAACCCUUCACUCAACACUUUUUGCGAUUACAAGGGGGACAUUUUGAUUUAGCCGAUCGCAUGUUUCAUUCGGUGAAAGAAGCUUGGGCUUCCGCAUCAAAACAUAAUAUGGCGGAUGUUAAAGAAUUAAUUCCCGAAUUUUUUUAUUUACCCGAAUUUUUAUUGAACGGGAACGAAUUUGAUUUGGGUUCGAAACAAAGUGGAGUGUUUUUGGGUGAUGUCGUGUUACCACCUUGGGCGAAACAAGAUCCGAGGGAGUUUAUUAGAGCGCAUCGGAAUGCGCUUGAGUGUGAUUUUGUAUCUCAAAAUUUACAUCAUUGGAUUGAUUUGGUUUUUGGGUACAAACAACAAGGACAACCGGCUGUUGAAGCUACUAAUGUUUUUCAUCAUUUGUUUUACGAGGGAAAUGUGGAUAUUUAUAAUAUCGAUGAUCCCUUAAAGAAAAAUGCGACAAUCGGUUUUAUAAACAACUUCGGCCAAAUUCCUAAACAACUUUUCAAGAAACCUCAUCCCUCUAAGAAAAUGGGUCAUAAUAAUCGAACAUCCGUAAUGGAUACUGGGUCAUUAGUCCAAGCGUUCUCUUUACCCCAACCGGAACGUUUAUUUUUCCAUCAUUUAGAUAAUUUAAGACCAUCUCUACAACCUAUAAAAGAAGUUAAAAUUUCUGUUGGACAAAUUCUUCAUCACGAUAAAGCAGUUCUUGCCGUUGACCAAAAUAAAGUGCUUAUCCCACCUAGUUAUAACAAAUACGUCGCUUGGGGUUUUGCCGAUCAUUCUCUUAGAAUCGGAAAUUAUGAUAGUGACAAAGCAACGUUUGUUUGUGAAACUGUUGUUCAAAAUUCUGGGGAAAUUGUUGCUUGUGUUUGCCCCUCGGCGAAGUUAAUCGUUACUGCGGGAACUAGUUCUGUGGUAACUAUAUGGGAAUAUGAGCAACGUAAAAAGCAAUUACAUAUUAAACAUUCUUUAUACGCACAUACUGAAGCUGUGACGUGUUUAGCUGCGAGUACCGCUUAUAACGUAAUCGUUUCCGGUUCAAGAGACUCCACAGCGAUUAUUUGGGACUUAUCCCGUGGUGUUUUUGUACGCCAACUUAGAGGACAUGCCGGGCCGGUUGCUGCUGUUGCAGUAAAUGAUUUAACUGGAGAUAUUGCAACGUGCGCAGCAACUUGGUUACAUUUAUGGAGCAUAAACGGCGAUGAGUUGGCGAAUGUUAACACUUGUGUUGGCCGCGCCGACCGGAUGCAACAAAUUCUUUGCGUUGCGUUCUCGCAAACUCACGAAUGGGAUGCUAGCAAUGUCAUAAUGACGGGGUCAACGGAUGGUGUUACGAGAAUGUGGUCGAUCGAAUAUGUUCAAGUACCGGAAGAGAAAGAAAGAGAUCAACAAAAAGAUGAUAAAGAAAAAGAGAAACCAUCGGAACCUGCAAGACCUCUCUCAAUUCAUAAUCGAUUAGUUAAACAAGUUAAUGUUUCAAAUGAUAGCUCCGGAAGUUUGAUUAAAUCUGGUUCUGAAAGUAGUUUAUCAGAGGAGUGUACUUCGGGUAGGAGAGGUUCCGUUGAGAGGCAACGAUCGAAUGAGAGUAGUUCAAAGGAAUGGAGAAGCGAGCAACAAGAUGAAAAAGAGACUUGUAGCGAUACGGAGGAUCUCCCGCCGGUGGUUGCAGUACGAAGGCGGAGAUCGAAGGUUCAUGGCGGUUUCCGAAAAAGCGAAGGUGGAAAUAGUGCUGAUAAUGAAAGUUUGGAUGUUGAUGAUGCGGCGGGGAUGAGAACUAGUAAAAGUGAUACUAGUUUAACGGAUUCGUUUGUUAUUGUACCUGAUACAAGAAAACGGGCGGUUAAUCCACAAAAUUUAUUGAGACCAGGUUUCAAAUGGCAAAGACAACUAGUAUUCAAAAGCAAAUUAACCAUGCACACCGCAUACGAUCGGAAAGAUAACACAGAACCUGCUUCAAUUACAUCUUUAGCGGUUUCACGAGAUCAUCGUACAGUUUAUGUUGGAGAUGCAAGAGGGCGAGUUUUUUCUUGGAGUGUUUGCGAAGUUCCCGGUCGAGCGGCUGAUCAUUGGUUAAGAGACGAAGGAGCCGAUUUUUGUGCAGGUUGCAACAUUCGAUUUACAAUUUACGAACGAAAACAUCACUGUCGUAAUUGCGGCGAAGUUUUUUGUUCGAAAUGUAGCCGCUUUGAAAGCGAAAUAUCCCGAUUAAGAAUCCUUAAACCCGUCAGAGUAUGCCAAAGAUGUUAUGCGUCAUUAAAACCAGAUAAGUAAAAAACGAAAAAUGACCUAUUAAGAAAUUAAGAAACCUCUUCUGGGUAUAAACAUCAAAUCCGGGUAUAAAUGUAAUUAAGCACAGAGAUAAAUGUGUAGAGAAUCCUUUAAAGAAAAUUUAAAAAAAAAAUAAUAAACAUGAAUAACGUAGAAUAGAAGGGAUAAAUUUUGUGAAAAAAAAAAAGGUAAGUUUUUGAUUUUUUUUUUAAUUGACAGAUUUGAUCGAAAUCUAAUGAAAAACAAAAAAAAAAUAAAUUAAACAAGUCUGUGCCAUAUACUUCUUAACCAUGACAAUCUUUUGAUUUCCCCAAUUUUUCUUGUAUACGUAUUUUUUGGGUCUAAUACAUAUUUAUGACGA